AUGUCUUCUGGAGUGAUGCGAUGUGCUGGAUGUUUUAAGAAAAUCGAGAAUAAUCUGUUUUUGAGCUGCAGCAUCUGUAAACAAGCUUACGAUCUCCAUUGUGCUGAUGUGGCCGAGAAAUCAUUCUGCAAUGCCAUGUCACACGAGCAUCGUGCCGCAUGGAAGUGCCCCUUAUGUGUCAGUAAACAGCCUAAAACUGACAAUACUGAUACGCCAGUUCGUACUGUGACUCAAGGGGUUAUGACUCGUAGAGGAGCUGCCGCAGUCAGUCCAGUGGAUCAGCUCAACAUGUCUAUCGUGUCGGAUGCCCCUAUGCGCGGGGAUUUAGAUGAUAUAACGGACACACAGAUGCUGGCGCUCGAGAUACGUCGUUUCAGAGAAGAGUUGUCUGCAUCACGAAUCCAAAUGCAAUUACUCAAUGAGAAUAUGGCUAGGUUGUCGACAGGGCUGGAUAAUUGCAAUGCCCGCGUUGAUCGACUGUCUAUUCGUGUUGACAAUUUAGAACGUCAGAUCUGCGAGGGUAGCUCGAGUGCUACAUCAUGUGAGGAUACGCUGAUGAAGGCUAUUGAGCAGCUUAAAGCAGAACUAAAUGAUCGGGACCAGGAACUCCUUCUCAAUGACAUUGAAAUAUCUGGUGUCCCGGAGCAGAAAGGUGAAAAUGUGACACAUGUUACACUAACGCUGGCAACUAAAUUAGGAAUUAAACUGUCUGAGGAGGAUGUGGUUAGUGCGUCACGAGUGGGGUCGGUGCUGAGGACCUCGGAUGGACCCACACACCAACUACGGCCCCGGCUUAUCGUGGUUCGGUUGGCCAGGCGUACUCUGCGUGAUCAGUUCCUUCACGAAGCCCGUAUACGCCGCGGUGCCACCACCGGGGACGCUGGCCUUCCUGGCCCAUCUUGUAGAUUCUAUGUAAAUGAGAGACUUACUAGAAUUAACCGUUAUGUGUUUCAUCAGGCCCGUGAUGUCGCUAAGCGGUGUGGUUGGAGGUUUGUUUGGACUAGAAACGGUAAAAUUUUUGUGCGUCAUAAUAAUGAAAAUGGUACUGUUCGUCACCGUAUCGGCUCAGUACCUGAUCUUGUGAGGGUUUUUGGACAGGACAAUGUUAGUUCAAUUAAAAUCUAG